CGCGUGCAUAACCUCCGCCUCCCCAAUCCGUCCCGUCUCCUCGCCCGCCGCCCUCGACUCCCGUCUCCUCGCCUGCCGCUGGCGCCGAUCUCCAUCCUGCUAGCAGAGGUGGCGCCGGCGUCCUCCUGCUCCCGCCUCAUUCGCUCACCGGUGAGCAUCCUAAUCCAUCCCAUCCGGCCUCGGCCUCGAAUUUCGUCUCCUCGCCCGCCGCUUGCGCCGAUCCCCAUCCUGCGAGCAGAGGUGGCGCCCGGCGUCCUCCUUCUUCCACCGCAUCGUCGCUCGCCGCACAGUUGGUGUCCCGUUUUGAUUCUUGAGGCCCAUGUAGCAAAUACUACUCCUACCAGAGGAGAAAACCGUGAAACCGGCAUAGCUCCUCUCAAAAAACAAAAAGGAGGGGAAAAAGAAUCACGACAUAUAGCUGAUAGCUCCGGUCCAAACUCCAAACCCGGCCGUCUUUGCUCGACCGGAGCGGAGCGCAGCGCAGCGCAGACCAGCGGCGCGGACGACGCGCGCCCCCUCUGGAUCGCCGCUCCCCCGCGCGCCACAGCUUCCAUCCGGCGACUGCAAGGCCGCCCAAGCCAAGAGGGUUUCUUUGCAAGCUUUAGCCCCUCGACGUUCAUUGAGAGAACAUGCCUAAAAUAAAGACAAGCCGUGUCAAAUAUCCUGGAGGAUGGGAGCUUAUUGAACCAACUAUCCGUGAGUUGGAUGCCAAAAUGAGGGAAGCUGAAAAUGACACGCAUGAUGGGAAGAGAAAGUGCGAAGCCCUCUGGCCAAUUUUCCGUAUUUCCCAUCAAAGAAGUCGCUACAUAUAUGAUCUUUAUUACAGAAGGAAGGAGAUAUCAAAAGAGUUGUAUGAGUUUUGCCUGGACCAGGGUUAUGCAGACCGUAAUCUGAUUGCAAAGUGGAAAAAGCCAGGCUAUGAGCGCCUUUGCUGUCUUCGAUGCAUACAGACACGAGACCACAACUUUGCAACUACAUGUGUCUGCCGGGUCCCCAAGCAUCUCAGAGAGGAGAAGGUUAUAGAAUGUGUUCACUGUGGAUGCAGAGGCUGUGCCAGCGGUGAUUGAGAUAUCGUCAUUAUCUUGUUUGAAUAUGUCAAACUAAGCAGACAUGAUGUUUCUUGAGCGAAAUUUCGGCUAAAAACGUUUACGAAAACGUUUUGUAAACCUGCCUACCGGGUAUGACGUUAUUUAAGUACCUGAGAUUGUGGUUACGGUCUGCAUUAAUCUGCCGCAUGGUCAUUGCUUGAUCAUCGGCCUCAACACCCUGCAUGUGUGUAUUCUAAAGUUGUUUAAUGGAAACAUCUGUUACUCGAUGCUAA